UAGUAGUCACGUGACGACCGUCGCCCAGGUUGUGUCGAAAGCAUCCUGCUAUUAGCCGUUAGCUAGCAGUUGACCAAAUAUCCAGUGGUGUGUUGUUUUUUUGAGACAUGGAGGAAACAUGAGCGUUGCUCUAGCGGAGGCAGAAAGAAGAAGAAAAGAAGCCACCCAUAUUGCCCCCGCCAACAUGGCCUUUAUCGCUGAAACCCGAGGAGGUUCUUUAUUAACCAGACAUUAGCCCCGGCUAACGCUACAAAGUUUGACGGACAACAACAGCAUUAAGCUAGCUGUAGAUGUCAGCUUGUUUACGACUUGUUACAAUAACGUCGUGUCUGUCAGUGUCCUCUCACAUCUUUAAGAUUAAGAUAACCACCCGGCUGUACGUGCCGAUGGAUUCAUAUUCAUAUUUUGGCCAGUCUCAGUCGGCGCUAACGUGACGGCGAGUGAAUAUAUAUUGACAACUUUUUUUUAGCAACUGAUGCUAACGCUGUUAACGUGUAGUCCAAUGUAACGCAUACGUUGUGACUGGAAAAACUAGGCGAGUCCUAUUUUUCCUCAACUGUCAAGCGACAUUGUACCUCACGCAGGAUGUCCAACACUGGGAUUAAUAUCGAGGCGUCGGCAUUGUUUAUACACAUCUGUCUGAUCAUUUCCCUAAUCCCUGCGCUCCACACAAUACAGCUACAGUAGUUGUUACAAAACUGCGUGGACUGCAAUAUCUUGUAUAUCCCACGAACAACUGGCGCUGAAUUCAUCUCUCGGAUAGUUUUGUUUGAGGAGCGACUCUUUAAGUUAUGUCGGGGGAUAGUAGCGAUGACUCCGACGCACAAACAAACGAGAGCGCCUGUACCGUUAAACAUCAAAUCACCAAUGCUAACCUUACCGGGCACACUGAAAAGGUCGGCAUGGAGAACUUUGAGCUCCUUAAAGUGUUGGGCACUGGAGCAUAUGGAAAAGUCUUUUUGGUGAGGAAGAACAGCGGCCAUGAUGCAGGCCAACUAUACGCAAUGAAGGUGCUAAAGAAAGCGGCCAUCGUUCAGAAGGCAAAGACCACCGAGCACACUCGCACCGAGAGGCAGGUGCUGGAGCACAUCCGCCAGUCGCCUUUCCUGGUCACGCUCCACUACGCCUUUCAGACUCAGAGCAAGCUGCACCUCAUCCUGGACUAUGUGAGCGGAGGGGAGAUGUUCACUCACCUGUAUCAACGGGAUCACUUUUCCGAGGAGGCAGUACGACUUUAUAUCUCUGAAAUAAUCCUGGCCCUGGAACAUUUGCACAAGCUCGGGAUUGUGUACCGCGACAUUAAAUUGGAAAAUAUUCUCCUGGACAGUGACGGUCAUGUGGUAUUGACAGAUUUUGGACUCAGUAAAGAAUUUCUACAAGAAGAGAAGGAAAGGACCUAUUCUUUCUGUGGCACUAUUGAGUACAUGGCACCCGAAAUCAUUCGAGGGAAAACGGGCCAUGGAAAGUCGGUGGAUUGGUGGAGCCUUGGAAUCCUGAUGUUUGAGUUGUUGACGGGUGCUUCUCCAUUUACUUUGGAGGGAGAGAGGAACUCCCAGAGCGAGGUGUCCAGACGUAUUCUGCGCUGCGAUCCACCUUUCCCCUCCAUGAUCGGACCCACUGCUCAGGACCUGCUGAAGAAGCUGUUGGUCAAGGAUCCUCACAAGAGGCUCGGCUCUGGGCCGCGGGGGGCUGCGGACAUCAAGGCACAUAUUUUCUUCAAGGGACUGAACUGGGAAGAUCUCGCCCAAAAGAAGAUUCCCAGCCCGUUUAAACCCGAGGUGAAGAGUGAACUUGACGUGGGGAAUUUUGCAGAGGAGUUCACUGGGAUGGAUCCAGUCUACUCUCCAGCAAGCACCCCCCCAAGCACCGACCGUCUCUUCAAGGGCUACUCCUUUAUUGCUCCCUCCAUCCUAUUCAACAAAAAUGCCGUCAUGGGAGACUUUCUGGAGUCCCAGGUUCAUGCUGACCGUCCAGGCUCGGCCACUGUCCAGCGCAGUGCAAUGUUAGCGGAAUCCCAGUUUUUUCAGAACUACGAGCUUUGUCUCCAGGGGCCACCUUUAGGAGAGGGGAGUUUCUCUGUGUGCAGACAAUGCACACACAAGCAGAGUGGCCUUGAGUAUGCCGUCAAGAUAGUCAGCCGCAGAAUGGAAGUCAACACCCAGAGGGAGAUUGCCGCCUUGAGGCAAUGUGAGGCUCACCCAAACAUUGUCAAGCUGCAUGACGUCCAUACCGAUCAGUACCACACCUACUUGGUGAUGGAGCUCCUUCGCGGUGGCGAGCUGCUCGAAAGGAUCAAGAAGAAGAAACUCUUCGGUGAAGCGGAGGCCAGCCAGCUGCUGCAGAGCCUGGUCUCAGCUGUCAGCUUCAUGCACGAAGCCGGAGUUGUGCACAGGGACCUGAAACCCGAGAAUGUGCUGUUCACGGACGAGGGAGAGGACUCGGUGCUGAAAGUGAUAGAUUUUGGAUUUGCCCGCCUGUGUCCUGCAGGCAGCGCCCCCCUGCAGACUCCCUGCUUCACGCUGCAGUACGCGGCACCGGAACUCUUUGAGAGCGCCGGCUACGACAAAGCCUGCGACCUCUGGAGUCUCGGGGUCAUUCAGUACACCAUGCUGUCAGGCCAGGUGCCCUUCCAGUGCGAGCAGGUGGGGAUGACGUCCUCAUAUGCUGCCGACAUCAUGCAGAAGAUCAAAGAAGGAGAUUUUUCCUUGGAUGGGGAGCCGUGGAAGGGCGUGUCGGAGGACGCAAAAGAGCUGGUAAAAGGGCUGCUGACCGUGGAUCCGGAGCGGCGACUCAAGCUCUCUGAUCUGAAAGAGAACAGCUGGCUGCAGGGCGGGGCGUCCAUGUCCACUACGCCACUGUGCACUCCAGACGUGCUGGAGUCCAGCGGGCCCACCGUGCGCACCUUUGUGAACGCUACCUACAAGGCCUUCAACCGCGGCAAGAGAGAGGGCUUCUUUCUAAAAAGCGUUGACAACGCCCCGCUCGCGAAACGGCGAAAACUGAAAAUGACAAGCACCGGCGUGGAGACCCGAUGGAGUUCGUCUUCGUCGUCGUCGACCUCUUCUUCCUCUUCCUCCUCCGCCUCUGCAAAAGCAUCGAAAGCCCAGCCAAAGCAAAGUGUGAGCCCAAAGCAAAGCUAGUCGCGCUACACGAUGUAUUGAAUAAUUCCGCUUUAUUUAAAAUGUACACGUGUACAUGUGGCCUCGAGGAAAUCCAACAUUUUGUCACCAUCACACACUAAAAGCUGUUUUUAAAACGCAGACCUUUACCUUUUUUUCCACUGCGGAUAAGAAACAUUGGCGGGGCUUUGUAUGGUGAAAAGGGAAACAAAGAGCCUUUUAAGAGUUGAAGCCAUAUGCCAACCAAUCAGUCAAAAUUGAGCCGAGUGAAUACACACAAGUUUGCACAAGGCGGAUGGAUAGUAUUUGCAUAUUUAAUUUUUUACAUAUUUGAGGGUGAAUGUUUGGCUAUUGCUCCUAGUGUGUUUUUGUCCUCUCUUCUUUGGACUGGUCAAUAGUAGUUUGCACUUUUCAGAAUGAACAGUUGUUCACAGAGCUGUGUGCUUCCUGGCUCAGGCGGAACAGGCGGUCUUUGCAAAGUACCGUAGACGCAGCUCAAAAACGACACAGAAGCAUGCCGGAAGGCGUCAUCGUUCGGUGUCACAGCGGCGCUCGUACUUGCUGUAAAUGGCUCGCCGUACGUCGGGGUCGGUGUUGAGCAUGGAUGUCUGUUGUCGUGAAAGCGCUUUCUUCCGUUCAGCCGUGAUAUGAAAUGUGUUUUUAAAAGUGCAUUUCGUGCGAGCUCAUCCUCUAGCAGCAGUCACUGGGUGGAAGACUUGACUUGAAAUGUUUUUUUAUCGCUCUGAUUUGAAAUGAUCACACACUUGGAGAUGAAUUUAGUUUGGAUGCAAGCACCCUGCCAGAUCUGCUAUGUACAUAUUUUGAUUUUGAGAGAAAAUGGGUCUGUAUUAAUUGAAACUGUUUUAAUGGUGUGUUAGUGUCCUAUGUUUUUUUUAUUUUUAUUUUGUACGUGUUGCAUGUCCUUUUAUCAAUAAAAUCCAUUUGCGCUUUAAAGGUUCUUUCACGGAUAUUUAUGUCUUUAAGAAAAUGAAUGAAUGGAUGCCAUGGUAAAGGGUGGGUAUAUUUGUGUUGUUUUUAGUUGUGUAUCACAUGAAGCAUUGUUGUGGGUUUAUCGUCCUUCCCCCACCUCCCAAACUUAAAACUGUGCUGUUAAACGUCUUGUUGAUCUGUUGAUGAUAUUUUGCCUCCGGUUUUCAUCUGUUUUACUUUUUUAAGCCUUACUUUUGUAUUGAGAUGCACUGCCACUGUUGUAACUGGGAUUUAUUUGUACCAAUAUCAUUUAUUUUGGUGCAAAAUAAAUAUUACUUUUG